AUGAAGAAAUCAUUAUCUAAAUUUAUUAAUCAAUUGAUCAAGAUAAAGGAAAAUUUAAUUCAUAAUUUACCAUUAUCAAUCUAAAAUAAAGACAUACUAAUUAAUAUCUGUAACUAUCUCUUUAUAUUAAUUAAUAGAUUUGAAGAUGAAGUUUUUCAAAUUAAGAUUAUUGAUGAAUAAUAUUUAUCAUUUUUAGCAUAUGAAAAAGAUUAUUUAAUGUUUCUAAAUUAUUAAAAUGGAGAAUUUAGUAAUAAAUAUAAAGGUUGCAUUUGUUAACUUCUUUUUCAUCCUUAAGUCGAUUUAUAAUUUAAAGAAUAUAGAGAUUUAUAUUUUAAUUAGGCACUUUUAUAUUCUAUCAAUAAAAAUUCAGUUAUUGCUCUAUUAUGUGAUUUUCGAGUAACCAAUAAGAAGGAAGUGUUAGUAACAAUUUUGAAGGAUAACCAAAUUCUUUAAAUACACAGUUAUUUUAGAGAAAAUGGAAGACUUGGCAAAAUGAUGCUGUUUAGUGUAAUAAAAUAAUUAAAUUCUAGUUAGAUUAAGACUUUAUAGCAGCUAAUUCAAUUGUAGAAGCAUAAAAGUUAAAUUUUAUAAUUUUUAAUGAAGAAAGUUUAAAGGAAUAUUAAAUAAAUUUAUAAAUAAACGAAGAUACAAGUGUUGUUAAGAUUUUCUAUAAAAAAGAUAAUGUAAUAGAAUAUAUUAUAAUUAAUUUCUGUAGAUUAUAUUUUUACUGAAUGAAAACAAUUUCGGAAACCCUUGGGUUGUAAUUGUUGAUUCAAAUACUUUCCUUUUAAAAAAAUGUAUUGAAUUGAGUUUAAGUAUCGAUAAUAACAAAUUUGCAGUCAUAUUAGAUGUAAAAAGAUGUUAAUAAUUAUUGUAACAUAGGCAUUUUUAUUGAAUUGCUAGUAGUUAUUUAUUUAUUUUGAAAUGAAUAUUGAAGGAAUGUACAAUGAAUAGUUUUUAUAAGCUGUUGAUUUCACAGAAGAUUUUUAGAAAUUUAUAAUAAAGGAUUAUGUUCGAUAUCCAGAAACCUCUGUAUCAAAUAUAGUUGCCUCUGAUUGUGGUUUUGUUACUGUUCCAAGAGCAGCAGAGAUUGGAACAAUAUAAAAUAAUUAUUUAGAGUUUGAUGUCUCUCCUAUAUCGAUAAAAAAAGGAGAUACACUUGAACAAAAGAUCUUAAAAUUAAAUUAAGAAGCUAAUAUGGUAUAUUAUAAUAGAUUACCAAAUAUUUUAUAUUAUGCCUAUCAUUUUAUGUAUAAAAUUGGUUUGUUUACAUAUGAAAUUGAGAAUGAUUUUUAGUAUUUAGCAGAGGAAAUUAUAAAGAAAAUUUAAUCAUAAAAAAUGAUGAAUAAAAUUUAAAUAGAAUGA